CGCGGCCUACACGCUCCAGGGACAACCCUGAGGCAGCUCCGCCGCGCGGGCCAGCCUCUUGAGCCAGUGGGACGCUCUUUGGGAAAUUCCGUCCUAAGAUAGUUAAGGUUUUAUUUCGUUUUGUUUCCAAGUUGCGGCCCCUGAAUUUUGUCCCACUCUCCCUGGACCACUUCCGCUUGCCGGCCCUUGCCUGGAAACUUCGGUUCGGGUGACCUCGGCCCCAGAUGCCCCUCUGCUCGCCCCUGGCUCACGUCCUGAUCGCCGCUUGACUGACCCGAGGUGGGGGACCUGGAAGUUUUAGCCUCGCUGAUCUCGAGGCGGAUUAAUUAGCCCAAGAAACAUUAUAUUCAUGCUUAGGUGGAGAAAAGCAGGGCUAGAAUUGGAACUCAAAGCCCAGAAUGGCAGGAGAGGAUGUGGGGGCUCCACCCGAUCGCCUCUGGGUUCACCAAGAGGGUAUCUACCGAGACGAAUACCAGCGCACGUGGGUGGCCGUCGUGGAACAGGGGACGAAUUUCCUAAGGGCACGAAUCCAGCAAGUUCAGGUUCCCUUAGGUGACGCAGUUAGGCCAAGUCACCUUCUUACCUCCCAGCUACCUCUCAUGUGGCAACUCUACCCUGAGCAGCGCUACAUGGAUAACAACUCUCGCUUGUGGCAGAUCCAGCAUCAUUUAAUGGUCAGGGGAGUACAGGAGCUGUUGCUUAAGCUUUUGCCUGAUGAUUAACCUGGUGCUGGGAUUCUAGGAAGAAAUGCUCCUCUGUUCUGUUCAGUAUAUGGCAAUCACUUCAUCCACCACUGCAGUGCACCCACCUGUGGGCCUGGGGGAGGGAGUGGGUUGAAAAACUGCUCAAGAACACAGAAGUUUAGGAAGGGUCAUGAAGAACACCGCAAGUGGAACUGCAGAGAGGGGGUUACACAGGCAGAAAGCGAGUCAACAAAAGCACUUAGUCAGGAUUCGUAACUUGAAAUUGACUCCUUUGGAAAUUGCCAUAGAACCUUUAAUGGACAUCAUCAGCCGGAACUGGGAUCUGAUGAAUCCCACAAAAGUCAGCACCUGCUACACAACAGAUGCUCUGAUCACCAAGGACUUGGUACUGAUUUAGAGAGAAGAGAGCAGCUCCUAGCAGCAUCAACAUCUAUUGGUCGUUUCUUUGCCCUGCAGCAAUUCACCUGCCUUUCCUUCUCCCAUCCU